AUUGUCAGCCAGAUCGCGGUGGCGUGAACAUCGCAAGUGUUGAACUACAUAGAUACAUAGAAAAUCCUCCGACUUACGUGUGUGUUUAAGUGUUCGAUUUUCUUGGGAUUUCCCGCGUUCGGUGGCCAUAAAAAACAAACAAAAAAAAGAAGAAAUAUUGGCAAUCUUCCCAGACAACUGCCGGAAAUGCGAAAGUGAAAGCGGCCGGCCCAGAAGAACGGACGACAGCAAAUCACCAGAGACAGAGACAUCGAAAUAUAGUAUGUCAUCCUCGCUGAAGACCAGCCAAAGUGGCGGCAUGUACGUCAAGACGUCGUCGAUUUCGGGUAUUUCGUCGAUUUCUGGCAAGGAGGCGGCCAGUUGCUACGGCGGAUUUAUGUCGCCUCCGCUGAGUGCCAAUAUAACGGCCAAUAAUGGGGAGCGGGAAAUGUUCCGUGUGCCGGGAGCCAAGGUGGAAACGAAUGAAAGUUACGCCUGCGGUGAGCUGCAGUUUCCGGACUUUUCACACCUCUGCUUUGCCGCCGAGACACCGAACUCCGUGUUCAGCGACUGUCACAACUAUGCUGGCCAGGAUCAGCAGCAGGAUUCGGAUCAGGAUGACAUUGUCUGCGCAGCGGCGGAAAAUACGGGCAUGCCCUAUCAGCAGGGACAGUACACGCAACUGAAUCGCGAGGAUAUCUUCCGCUUCGAACCGGAGGACAUAGCGCGUCUGACUGGCGAGUCCGAACUGCCCGGCAUGUUGCAACAUCCACAGACGCCAUAUACCCCAUAUACCCCUUACACACCCUACACACCGUGCAGUGCACAGAAUAGUCAGUAUGCCGUGCAGCCGGCGAAUGACUCCAUUAAUCUGGAUAUCGAUUAUUUUAAUUACGACGAGAUUAAUUGCCAAUCGAAAAACCAGUCACCGUGCUCAUCACCGCACCUCGACGCCUGGCUGAACUUCAAUCUCGGCGAGAUUUCAGCGGCCGCAUCAUCGAGUGCCGCAUCCCCGAAGUUGGGCAAUGUGUUCGAGGAGCAGGUCAAAGAGGAGGCCUCGCCGGCGAAACUGCCAUCGAUGAACUCCACCUUCGGCACUCCCAAAUGCAUUCCCAUGUGCGCCAGCAACUACGAGGAUUACGCGAAUCUCUACCAACAGGGAUCGGGGUAUUCCACGGAGAACUACCACAACAAUAUGGCUCAGGUCGUCGAGAAGCCCAAUCGCGAGCACAAGGCCAUCUGGACCAUCGAUGAACUGGAUGAACUGAUGUUGGGCGAGCAGCAGCAGUUCCUUCAGCAUCAUCUGCAGCAGCAACACUUGCAGGAGCAGCAGGAGCAACUGCAUCAGCCACAUGGGCAGGAACAGCAAACACAGAACUGCAAAGACGAUCUGGUCAACUAUCUAUCGGAUGAGUUCAUCAAGGCCGAGGAGUUCCGGAGCCUGGACAGUGACGAUGACGAGAACUACAACGAGGAGGAGGAUGACCUGGACAAUGACGUGUUUGCCCCACCGGCGGAAAGUGAUCCCAAGCCGGAUUCAACCUGCUGUGAUCCCGAGGCGGAGCCAGAGAAUGAGGUCAUCCCACUCAUCUGCCGCUGGACGGGAUGCGACGAGGAGUUCCCGCACCAACAGGCCUUCGUCGAGCACAUCGAGAAGUGCCAUGUGGAUGUGCGCAAGGGCGAGGACUUCUCCUGCUUCUGGCUAGACUGCCCCAGGCGCUACAAGCCCUUCAAUGCCCGCUACAAGCUGCUCAUCCACAUGCGAGUUCACAGCGGCGAGAAGCCCAACAAAUGUCCGUUUCCCGGCUGCAAUAAAGCAUUCUCGCGUUUGGAAAAUUUGAAAAUUCAUCAACGCUCGCACACGGGCGAGCGGCCUUAUGGCUGCCAGUAUAAAGGUUGCCUCAAAGCGUUCAGCAAUAGCUCGGAUCGGGCGAAACAUCAAAGGACCCACUACGAUACGAAACCGUAUGCCUGCCAGCUGCCUGGAUGCACCAAGCGCUACACGGAUCCCUCCAGCCUCCGCAAACAUGUCAAGAACCACGCGCUGCGCAACGCCAACGGACAGCUGCGCCGCAAAUCUGCCGGCGGCGCUUCCGUACCGCCCUCCGGUCCAAAGAAGGCGGCCAAAACACGCCGUCACUCCGAGUCGGCACUGGUGCAAAGGGGCGUGGGUGCGGGCGUGGGCGUGGCCGUGCCAAGUGCUCCGGGGGAUCAGCGACAACACCGCAGCAAUAGUUGCAGCGAGGCAUUGCUGCUGCAGCAGCAUCAACAGCAGCAGCAACAGCAGCAGCAGCAGCAGAAGCAGCAUCAGCCAGAAAACGAAAGGACGACAGACCGCAGCAAUUGCGGCACCGGUGUUGCAGCUAAUAACAAUUCAAUGAACUUUAAUGAGUUGUCAAAUUGCAUUGUCAUCAUCGAGCACAAUCAGAGCGGAGGUCCUGCAGGACCUGCAACACUGGCAACCGCAACAGCAACAACAACGGCAACAGCAACAUAUGGCAAUGGCAACAUGGCGCCCGCACCGGAAACGGAAGUGCUGAGCGUUUGCAGCGGUGGCGGCAGCAGUAACAGUAACAGCAACAAUAACCGUUACAAUGCGAAUAUUAAUCAAUUAAGCGAACUCGAGCAAUUGCUGACGACGGCGAAGCCCACAGGUACGCCAGCCGCAUCUGCUAAUGGAAUUAGCCUGGCCAACAAUAAUGGCCGCGCCAAUGGUGACAGCAAAUGCCACUUGAGCGAGUUUGUGUCGUUCGAGUACGUGACAAAGUAUCUGACGGAUGUCUACGAGCCGCAAUGCAAAAGCCCACAGCCCCCGGCUAAUUUCCAUUUGCAGCCCGAAUUUGACAACAGCUUCGACAUGCUGGACUUCCCGCAGUUCAUUUAAGUUAGCUUAGUCCUUAGAACCAAUUAAAGAUGCCCCAACUGGAAAAGUCAGCGAUUCAAUGCCCAAAGAUCUCAGUGCCUGAGCCCUUAUAAGAAUGCCUACCAUUAAGUAAGUCUACACGCCUGUAUAUAUACUAUAGUUAAGUAGUGGAUUAAGUCUCGCCAAAAGAAACGUUCCUGAAUUUGAAAACACAAUCCAGUGAUUAGUCGCGUCUUCCCAAACUCUUCCCAAUCGUAUAUAUUUAAUUAGAAUAGUCUCGGCUAAGUACUACUUGUAAUUGGAUUGUUAAAGUUUGUCAACAAACUUAUUGGCCGCAAUAAAUAAUUUAAUUUGC